UGCCAUGGUCUCAGCCCAGCAGUGUUGACAAUAGGGUGAAAAGAAACAGCCCCGAAUCAGAAACGAGCAGAGGAAAACACACAAAUCCAGGGGUUUGGGGAAGACAAGCAGUUAAAUCAGUAACAGGAAUGUAAUUGCGUUAAUAUAAUCGUUUUAUAUAGGCAUAUUUUGUUAUAAAUGGGAGUUUGAGGAUUAUUCCGCUGGUACUCGUGGGUUUGGCUAUUUCAGGCCAAGAUUUUCCUGCUGCUCCGCCGCUGCUCUGCUUGGGGAAGAAAGGCUGUUUGCACCGAGCUGGGGGUAGCCUAUCAGUUAGCCCGAUAGAUUUCCAAACAUAGGAUAACUCCCCGCCUCCGUCUCCGUUGCGAACCGCAGAGGAUCAAGCAGGGCUAUGUCCUCGGCAGCCACCACAUCUCCAUCUGUGGACAAAGUGGACGGAUUUUCACGGAAGUCUGUCAGGAAGGCCAAGCAGAAGCGGUCGCAGAGUUCGUCCCAGUUCCGCUCUCAGGGCAAACCCAUAGAGCUCACGCCCUUACCGCUGCUGAAGGACGUGCCAGCGCCGGAGCAGCCAGAGCUGUUCCUGAAGAAGCUGCAGCAGUGCUGCACCGUCUUUGACUUCAUGGACACGCUGUCUGACCUCAAGAUGAAGGAGUACAAGCGCUCCACGCUCAACGAGCUGGUGGACUACGUGACGGUCAGCCGGGGCUACCUGACAGAGCAGGCCUACCCCGAGGUCGUCAAAAUGGUGUCUCACAACAUUUUCCGGACCCUUCCGCCCAGUGACAGUAAUGAGUUUGACCCUGAGGAGGAUGAGCCCACACUCGAGGCCUCCUGGCCACAUUUACAGUUGGUAUAUGAGUUCUUCAUCCGGUUCUUGGAGAGUCAGGAAUUCCAGCCCAGCAUUGCCAAAAAGUACAUAGACCAGAAGUUUGUCCUACAGCUCCUGGAGUUGUUUGACAGUGAGGAUCCUCGGGAGAGAGACUAUCUGAAGACAGUCUUGCAUAGAAUCUACGGCAAAUUCCUGGGGCUGAGGGCUUUUAUACGAAAACAGAUCAAUAAUAUUUUUCUACGUUUUGUUUAUGAGACGGAGCACUUCAACGGGGUGGCUGAGUUGCUGGAGAUCCUGGGGAGUAUAAUCAAUGGUUUUGCUCUGCCACUGAAAGCGGAACAUAAACAGUUUCUGGUCAAAGUGUUGAUCCCCCUCCACACCGUCAGGAGUCUGUCCCUCUUCCACGCACAGUUGGCGUAUUGCAUUGUACAGUUCCUAGAGAAAGACCCAACAUUAACAGAACCAGUCAUCAGAGGCUUACUGAAGUUCUGGCCAAAAACCUGCAGUCAAAAAGAGGUGAUGUUUUUAGGCGAGCUGGAGGAGAUCCUGGACGUCAUCGAACCCACACAGUUCGUCAAGAUCCAGGAGCCGCUUUUCAAACAGAUCUCCAGAUGUGUCUCCAGCCCACAUUUCCAGGUUGCAGAGCGAGCCCUGUACUACUGGAACAAUGAGUACAUCAUGAGUCUGAUCGAGGAGAACUCCAGCGUCAUCCUGCCCAUCAUGUUCGCCAGCCUCUACAGGAUCUCCAAAGAGCACUGGAACCCGGCGAUAGUGGCGCUGGUGUACAACGUACUGAAGGCCUUCAUGGAGAUGAACAGUACCUUAUUCGAUGAACUCACAGCCACUUACAAGUCGGACCGCCAGCGUGAGAAGAAGAAGGAGAAGGAGCGGGAGGAGCUGUGGAAGAAGCUGGAGGACUUGGAGCUGAAGCGGGGCCUUAGGAGCGACGGGAUCAUCCCGACUUAACAAAGACAGCGCCGCGCUCCCCUCUGCCCCGCCCACCUCGCCCUCCCUCCUCUGCCCUCUGACUCCCCCCGCCCCCUCCAUCCGACUCCUCCUCCUCCCCGACAUCAGCCAUGUCUGCCCAGAGCUCCGAGAAAACCCGAAAGGCCGUCGUCGCCUCUGGAUCGACACGGAGCGCCGCUGGUUUCUUAAUUGUUUUUUGUUUUUUUUUUUUCUUAUGUUUUUUUUUUCUUUUUUUUUUUUCUCCUGUGUUUGUGCGACUUACUUUACAGUAGAUUCAUCACGUCUGUUUUCAUUAUUUCAACAGCACUGUAAAUAAUUAUUUUUUUCUUUUUUUUCCCUUAAACUGAUAUUAUUGCAAACGGAAAAACAAAACAACAAUAAUAAUAAAAAAAGGAAGAAAAAAAUAGAAAAUGAGAAAAUGACUUGUGUGGGAGGGGGAUUUAAACAAGAAAAAAAAACUUUUGGACUGUAGGACAUGAAGCGAACUCUUGGAAAAACAAAAAACCAACAAAAAAAAAGAGACGAUAGAUUGAUUUGAUCUCCUCUUCAGUCCCAUCCGUCGGUUUUUCCUGGUUCUCCUCUUUGCUUUUCCUCCAUGUUUCCCUCCUCUGAUGGUGCGUCUGUCAUUUCUGCCCUCGUGUGGGAUGUCCCCCCUCCCCCAUCGAAAGGCUUCUCAAGGACUGCCCACUCUGUCCUCUGACCCCGCCCACCGCCUCACCUGUUGUAAACGGGAAGUAAACAUGAACAUAUGAACAGGGAUUCACCGCACACACAUGAAUACCAUCUCAUCCUGAGUGCGUCUACAUGCAGCUUCAGUCAUUUUUUGGUUUAUUUACUCUCAUUUAAUGGUCAUUUUCAUUAUUUUUCAAACAAAAAACCUCAUAUUUUACAUGAUAAGCUUGUUAUAUUUGAUUCUUUUCUGUAGAAAUGUGAGCGUAUCCACCUGACUUAUUCUGUUUUCUGACAUUUUCUCAAAAGUAAUCACAUGCUGCCAUCGUAAAAUCCAGACCUUAGUCACAGUUUUGAUCAUAUGUACCUGUAAAACACCUGAAAACACAAUAUUUACACAUUUUAAGGGACAGCAGUUGCAGUGAAAAGGUAGAAAUACACAAAAAUAUUUACACAUGUAUCAGUUCAGUCGUUCUUACAAUUAGUCUUUACUUCCAUUUCCAUCAUUUGUAUUGUAGUUUUAUGUGAAAUUAAGUGGCAAACAUCACCACCAUCAGGUUUUUUGAAAUGUUUAAAAAGAAAAAUUUCCAGACAAAAAAAAAUCAAGUUAAAUGACAGUCGCCAACAGUCGCCAUGAUUAUGAUAACACCAGACAGUAUCAUGUCUGCAGUUUAACGGCAGAAAUACAUGAGGAAUGGAUUAUGUUACAUGAAAACAAAUAACUUUUCUCAGAUAUUUUAUCUGAAAUCAGGUGAUAUUCAUGUUAAAUAAUCAUUUCUCUCAGACCUAAUUUUUCAUAUGGGUGUAAAAACAUCUGAAAACAUCAUCUUUGCACGUGUUUAACCCUAAAAAAAAACACUCAUUUUAAGGGUUAAAUCAAAAUGUUCUUAAUCAGUGGAACGAUACUUGACAUUUUAACCUAUUUUCUCUUAAAAAUACUUGUCCUGAUAGUUUGGAACUGAAAAAAAAAAAAUACUGUAAACGUGUGUUGGAUUAGAAAAACACUAAUUUUGACUUAAAGACAAAUUGUCUGUCGUGAGGUAAAUUAAAUCUGAAGAGAAUUUAACUUUAGACAAAAUUUGUCAUCUCUUUGUACGAGCUCAUUGGCUCAUUAUCUGCCUCUGUUCACACAGAGGUUUAAUGCAGAUCCGCUGAUGCAUUUAGAACAUUUUGCAACUAGUUUAAUAGUUGAUGAAAUGUUUUUGUUGAUUUUCUGGAAGAAUAUUUAGCAGCUUAAGGAAAGAGGAGUUUCAUUACUUUGUUUCACAGCAGCAAACAGAAGAUAAAAGGAAUCCGCAGGUGUUUUAUUUGAUCUAAAAGUAUCACAAUCAUGUCGGAUAAAUCUAUAACAGUUCUACAGGACUUAUAUAGUAAAAAAAUCAUUGUGGCCUUGACUUUAAAGGUAGAAAAUCACAGUUUAUUGAUGUCACAGCAGCAAUUUAAAAAAAAUAUACAAAAACUCAUCUGCAUUUUUCUAGAUGAUUUAUCAUUAUUAUUAUCUGCAGAUUAGUCGAUAACGAUUCUACAUUUCUGCAUGAAAACGCACUCAGCUCCUCCUCCUCCUCAUCAUCUUCCCUCUUUACAAACCAAUGGACUGCUCCUCGUCCUUACCUCCUCCCUCCUUUUUCUUUGACCUUUGACCCCUCUGUUCUACCUUCUCUCCUGUGUAUCAGUCUGGCACUGGUACUUCAGCCAUAAACGGAAAAAAAAAACCCAAACCAAACCCACCACCGACACUUUCUCCUUUAAAAAAAACAAAACAAAAAAACCCUCCGAAGCCCUUCAGAGGAG